GGCACAAAUCUUGCCGCAGCGCUUACUGGCAUCACACAUAAAGAGCAUCCUUCAGCGAGAGACACAAAAGUUUUCGUUGUUGGUUUUGAAGGACCUAAUGAUCCAUUGAAUCCACGGAACUGGUCUCUUACUAAACGAAUUUUUUGUACGCUCAAUGUCGGUAUUAUUGCCCUUGUUGUGGGUAUGGCGGCAUCCAUCGACUCAGCAGUUAUAUCUCGGGCAGCAAGGGAAUUCGGUGUCAGCGAUGUUGCUGAGGCUCUUGCAACUGGAUUGUUCCUCGCCGGUUUUGGCUUUGGCGCUCUCAUCGCCGGUCCCUUGUCGGAAACGGUCGGCCGAAACCCCGUCUACUUCGGCUCCUUGGCAAUAUACAUGCUCUUCAUCAUGGGAGCCGGGCUUUCGAAAAAUUUGGGAGGACAGCUAGUGUGCCGCUUCUUUGCCGGUUUCUUUGGAGAGUCACCGCUGUCGACUGUUGGAGGAUCCAUUAGCGACUUGUGGGAUCCUAUGAACCGCUUGAUUGCGUUUCCGAUAUUUGCAACUGCUGGGUUAAUGGGACCCAUCAUAGGACCUAUCAUUGGAGGCUGGAUCUCCCAAUCGCACGAUGUAUCAUGGCGUUGGACCGAAUGGAUCACGAUCAUCGUAUCCGGAGCUCUCCUCAUUUCACUGCUACUCUUCCAACCCGAAACCUAUGAACCGAUACUUCUACAGUGGAAAGCGAGCCAUCUCCGUCGAUUGACAAAGGACAAACGCUAUCUGUCUGCGGCAGAAAUACAGCAUGUGACAUUUCGUGCUCGGAUGUUGACGGCGGUGAAGCGGCCGUUUAUCAUGACUAUUCAGGAACCGACUAUUAUGCUGUGGACCGGUUACCUAACUGUUGUAUACCUCAUGCUGUUCGGAUUCCUAGAUGGCUACACCUUCGUCUUCCAGAGGACGUAUAACCUCUCGGACGGCAUAACCGGUACCCUAUUUAUAGGCAUUGGUGUUGGACUCGUUUUGGCUUCAGCAUCACUCACGCCUCUGCUAUUCAGAUGGGCCAAGAAAGAAUUCGCAAAGUUACAAGCCGAGAAGCCCGGAGAGAAUGCUCGUAUUCCGCCCGAAUUCUUCCUUUGGUAUGCCCUUAUCGGCGCACCAGCCAUCCCCAUCUCCUUCUUCUGGAUGGGCUGGACAGCAUAUCCCCAUGUAAGCAUCUGGUCGCCCAUCCUGGCUUCCGUGCUUUUCGGCUUCGGCAUCUUCUCCGUCUUUGUGUCGACGUACAUGUAUCUGAUUGAUACGUAUGAAAUGUACGCUGCGAGCGCACUGACGAUGAUUACACUGGUGCGGUAUGUUGCUUCGGGAGGAAUGAUUGAGAUAUCGAUUCCGAUGUAUGAGAAUUUGGGCAUCCACUGGGCCUUGACAAUGCUGGGCCUAAUCGCACUCGUGUUUACAACAGUUCCCUACGCGUUUUAUAGAUUUGGCCCCUGGAUUCGGUCGAAGAGUCGAUUUGCA